UGUUGCAAGUAUUAUACUUCAAAGAUGUACCAAGUGGCGAAUGUAAACAAAAUUUAAAUAUGCACAAACUUCUCAAAUGCCGGCAAGUCAUAACACUGGGAUUACGCCAGCCCUUCACCUUUACCCGCUUCUAUGCGUCUGCUCCAAAACGAUUCUACAGGCGGACAGGAAUUUUGUUUAAUGAUGGUCUGUACGAGAUUACUCUUGAUCAAAGAAAACUGAAGACACCAAAAGGAAAUUUGUUCAAAGUAUCAAGCGAGCCACUAGCCUUGGCAGUUGCAGCAGAAUGGGAUGCACAGGCUCCAACAAUACAGCAGAGUUCAAUGCACUUGUCAGGUCUUUGCAGCACAGCAAUAGACAAUCCAGGAAACAUCACAAAAUAUGACUUAGUCCAAAGGAUAAUUAAUUUUUUGGAUACAGAUACUGUCCUGUGUUUCUCAAGUGAAGAAGAACUAUGUGCAUUGCAAGAACGAGAAUGGGGACCAAUCCUGAAGUGGUUUCGUCAGCGUUAUGAUGUUGAGGUAGAAGAAUCGAAGGAUAUAACUGGCCCCACAGUUAGCCUCAAAUCAAAACAAAAAAUUAUCUCUCAUCUUAUAUCGUACAAUAUGUGGGCUGUACAUGGAUUUGCUUUUGGUGUUGAAACAGUCAAGUCACUUAUAUUAACAUUGUGCUGUGUUGACCGUUAUAUUUCUGUAGAGAAAGCUGUUUUGCUAUCAAGAUUGGAAGAAGAAUUUCAGACCGGUCACUGGGGAAGAGUGGAAUGGGCGCAUGACCUGAACCAACAACAAACACAGGCUCGAUUAGCUGCUGCUGUGCUGUUCAUUCAUUUAAACUCUUCGAGUGCAUUCAUCAGUACAAAAGGACUUUGAAUUUUGCAUAUAGUGAUUACUGGCAGUUCACCUCUCUGAACUGUUUUUAGAGGUUUUCUUUUCUGUUUUUCCAUGCUGAAGAAAUUGUUGUGUAAAUUUAAAUGUGUAAUUUAAGUAUUAAAUUUUGUACUCAUUUUGAAUCUUUUUGUCAUGUAUUUCACUGCUCCAAUGCAUACUGCAUGGACACUGGCUGUGAUAAGUAAUGCCUUCAUGGCCGUUACGCCAUAAUGAGUGAGAAUAAUUAAAUAAAUGAAGUGUAUGAUA